UGCUUGAGAGUGGAGCUCCACUCCUCCACUCCCCCAAGCUCUGCUGUCAGACCUUUCUCUACCUUCGUGUCUUUCCUGCGUUGGCAGCAGUUUUCUGAUUGUGGACGACCGUAAAACGUUACUGUUAUUCAUUCUGGAGUCGGAUGUUUAUUUAGAGUUUCUAGACAAAAAACGGAUAAAUUUUUCCUUAUAGUUGUAAACAAUCGCUGCUUAGCUUUGAUUGAAUAGAGUACUUGUGUAAUUGAUUUUGGACUGUACCGUACAGGGGCACUGCGGGAGCAUGAGCUCUCUAAAAGCUUUGCAGGAAUGGUGCCGCAUCCAGUGUGAGAGUUACACUGAUGUGGACAUUAAAAACAUGUCCUCAUCCUUCAGAGAUGGACUGGCCUUUUGUGCCAUCAUCCACAGACACAGGCCGGACCUCAUAGAUUUUGACUCUCUUUCCAAAGAAAACGUCUACGAGAACAAUCAGCUAGCAUUUGAAGUUGCGGAGCAUGAGUUAAAUAUUCCAGCCCUGCUGGAUCCAGAAGACAUGGUGUCCAUGAGCGUGCCUGACAGAUUAAGUAUUAUUACCUACGUCUCUCAGUAUUACAACUUCUUCACCAACAAAUAUCAUGACAACUCAACAUGCAUGAAGAGAACUGGAUAUCCAGCCUCCAUUGAACCAGUCAAAAAGAGACCAUUAUCUCCUCUAGAGAAACAGGCCACUGUGACCGAACAGGGUGCUGGUUGCCAAUCAAAAAGUUGCACUAUAAGCAGCAGCUGCUUAGUCUGUGGAAAGCAUGUUCACCUGGUUGAGAGGGUCCUCACAGACAGCAGACUUUAUCAUCGAAACUGCUUCAGAUGUGCACAGUGUAACAACACUUUACUGCCUGGCUCUUACAAGGUCAUGGAGAAUGAUGGAUUGUUAGUUUGCACACAUCACUUUACCAAGUCCACCAGUCAAUAUUGUCAUCCAGAUCUGAGAAAUCAACUGGCGCCUGUAAUCUCAAGCCCCAAAGACCCCCCCAGUAGGACUAUACAGUCUAUAGCAUCACACACUGAUGUUAAUGCUUCAAAGAGAGGGGAUGAGGAAAGUGAAAGAGGAGAAAUAUUAACAGAAACCCUGCCAGACUGCAGCUCAAAAGAGGAGACAGAGCUCAUACCAUCUCGCUUCAACAGUUUACCAAAUCCUUUUGUGGAAAAACAGGAGACAGUGCCAGAAGAUAACCACAGCACAGCUGCUGAUGUAACUAAUGAUGUCCUUCCUACAAAACCAGUAAAAAGUACUGCAGCACAGGGUCAGCCGAUACCAAAGCCCAGACAGGCGUUUGAAUCCUCCCCUACUCCUCAUCCUCUUCCUAGGCCACGCCCAUCCAAAAACUCUGAGAGCUCUACAUUCAAUGGAGAUCCUAACACUCAUGGUGAAUUAGUUCCUGUGCUCAGAGAGAAAUCACACUCACCUGCUGGCAAAGCUACUGACACUCCUAAGGCGAAAGACCCACCCUGGUUGGCCCUUGUCCAAUCAGAACCCAAAAAAAAAACUGCACCUCCCCCACCUACAAUUACUUCUAUGCUUGCCCAUACCGGCUCAGUUUCUUCUCUAAAAGAGGAUGGAUCAAAACCAGUCACUGCUCUCAAUCCCUUUGAUGAUGAAGAUAAUGAUGAUGGAGAGGCAGAAACCAGUUCUGAGCUUCCCCAAGGUCCUAUGGUGGCCAAUCAUCCCUGGUAUAGUAUUACUCAAGGUGCUAAAGACAAAGAUGGAGACAACAGCAGAAAAAGUCCUGCUACUUCUCAGAUUCUAGCAUGUGUUCAGAGAAAGAAGCGGCCUGCACCCCAAGCUCCAAAAUCAUCAUCAGCUCUGAGGAAAGAGAGCAUAUCCUCUUCUUACUCAGACUGCAGUGCAGUCACCCAGCAGCCUGCUGCUCAAAAUCAGAACAACUUGUUUAUGAAGAGUGUAUCUGAACCAUCAAUCAACACUUCUACUACUGCCCCUUCCCCAGACACUAAGCAUCAGGCUCAUUGUUCUCCGACCUUGUCUCCUGCACCACCACCUACAAGUAGCAGCUCAGUACCAGGCACCCCAGAGACCAGUCGUAGUAUGAUACUGUCCCCAUCUCACCCUUCAGAAGCACGAAAUGUCUCACCCUCUUCACACACAACCAGCAUUCCGAUCAAGCACACCUGUAAAGAGAAUCCAUUUAAUCGGAAGGCCACCACCUCCUUUAAUUCUCCUGUAUCCAGACGUCACAAAGAACCUGGUCCUGCACGACCCCCUGCUCCUGGACAUGGAUUUCCUCUUAUUAAACGUAAGGUUCAGUCUGACCAGUAUAUACCAGUGGAAGACGUUCAUGUUGAAAUAAAUGACCUGGAGAAACAUUUGGAUGAACUGGAAAAGAGAGGAGUGGAUCUGGAGAAGAGGUUACGGGACUGUUCAAACGAUGAUGAGGAGGAACAUCUGCUUGUGGACUGGUUUACUCUGAUUCAUGAGAAACACUUACUAGUGCGGAGAGAAGCAGAGCUGGUCUACACAGCUAAACAGCACAACCUGGAAGAAAGGCAGGCAGAUGUGGAAUAUGAGCUUAGAUGUUUGCUGAACAAGCCAGAAAAAGAAUGGACAGAAGAUGACAAAGACAGGGAUCAGCAGUUGAUGGCAGAACUUGUCACUAUUAUUGAGCAGAGGAACCAAAUCAUUAACAACAUAGAUCAGGACAGACAGAGGGAAGAAGAGGAAGACAAACUAGUAGCAGCUAUUCUAAAGAAAAAAGAGUUUCAUGGAGAGAGUGAACAGAAGAAGAAAGCAGCAAAGUUUAAGCCCAUUAAGGUUCUGAAGAGAUUGAGUACCAAGAGUGAAGGAGUCAAGGGCAACUUCGCCAAAAAAGAGAACAGAUGAAGAGGAGAUCAAGAGAGAAAUAUAAUAUCUAAAUCUUAUUUCAUGCUAUCAGUUAUAUUUAUCUUUAAUAUUUUUUUAUUCUCUUUUUUGGCCAAUGAAUCAUACUCUAGGAGUUUUGGUAGGGAGGGAGUGUAAAUACCGGAUGUUAAAUAAUUAACUUUGGGUUUGUUUAUGGAGAAACAUUGUAAAACAAUAAAACUUCGGCUGGUGCCAUUCAUUUACAUUUGACCCUCAGGUGGGGCUGUUGACAUGCAUUCGACUCCUUUGAUCGCUUCAACUCAAAUUCUCUCAGCCUAAAUUUUCCCACAAGCCUUCAGGCUCUAAUUUCUAUUAUUCUAAAAUAAAGUAUACCAAAGUUACAAACUUGGAGCGUAAUCUAUUCUCCUGCAAGAGGUGUGUCUUCCUAAGGAGAUCUAGUUUACAGAUGGCUAACAAUCCCAUUUGGUGCCCUAGGUCACGAGAACCUGACCAACCAAAUCCUGAUGUGGGACUUUAUGGCUCUUUGUCUCAAGCUGAGUAUAAAAGGUGGCCUGGUAAAAUACUUGGUGAAGCAUUCUUUAGCAAGAAUCUUCCCCACACUUUGUGUAAUAAAACAUAAUGGAAGAAAUCUUUAAGAAUCUUCCUACACCACUUUGUGGGUAUUAUAUCAAUGAUGGAAGUAAUGUCUAUUGCCAGGUAUGAAUUUGUUACUUUUGCAACUGUUCAUCAUUUUAAAUCAUUUUAAUUGAAUCAGAUUCUGUAUUGUAUCCUUUAUUUGAUAUUUGAAGAUGGAACCUGUCUGGUAAAAUAAAUUGUUAUUAUUGA